AUCACAAUUGAUUGAUCACUGAGUAGUGGUGAUCAAUGUCAUGUGUGUCAAGUUAUCAGUGCAUCAAUCCUUAACUUCUAGGUUGAUGCAAGUAAUUGUAGGAUUCUUUAUGUGAUCUUUUGAUGUUCAUCAAAUUAAGUGGGAACCCAUUUACCUAGCUUGUAGCUUACCGAAAAAUAUUCUUUUAAACCAAAUUAAAUCCGAUUCUAUGGAGUGUUUUCAUCUAACUAGUCCCUAAUGCUGUUGUUGAUGUUCUUCUUGGUGGAUCUUUUUGUAUUUUCUCUACAGAACUAAGAAACUAUGGCACGUCAUUACUUGUUUCCUGCUGUGAAAUUACUCAAGCAGAAAUGUUUUCCAUCCCUCAGUGGAAUGAAGAGUUGUCAGAAUUUUUCCAGUAUGCAAGUCGACGAAACAGAAGGCGCUAACUUCAAACGUUUCGCCCAGCAUUGGUGGGACUAUGAUGGAGAUUUACAGCCAUUGCAUACUAUGAAUCGUUUGCGUGUACCAUUUAUUCAAAAUGGUCUUUGUCCAUUAACUACAUUAUCUACAAUUGAUUCAGUUUGUUUACCUUUGAAAGGUACGAAGAUUUUAGAUGUUGGUUGUGGUGGAGGUAUUCUAGCGGAAGCACUAUCUAUGUUGGGAGCAGAAGUUUUGGGCAUAGACUUAGUAGAAGAAGGUAUAAAAGUAGCACAAGAACAUGUUGAAGCUACAUCUUAUCGUUGGGUUGAUCAUCCAGAUUUACAUAAACCUACAUAUAAACUUACUAGUGUGCAAUCAAUUAGUCAAGAAUAUCCAUGUCAAUUCGACGCAGUUGUUGCGUCUGAAGUAUUAGAACACGUUACUGAUUGGGAGGAUAUGUUGAACAGUUUAAAACAGUGCUUGAAAUUAGAAGGAAUGUUAUUCGUAACUACAAUAAAUCGUACUACGGCUUCAUUACUACUAGGAAUUGGUGUAGCUGAAUAUGUAGCUCGUAUUGUUCCACGUGGUACUCAUGAUUGGAAUAAAUUCAUUGAACCUAGUCGGCUACAGAUUGCUUGUAUCAAGCGUGGUUUGCAACCGCGUCAACUCAGUGGAAUGUUAUAUAACCCAUUAAGUCGUCGAUGGCGUUGGAGUAGUAAUUUAUCACUAAAUUAUGCAUUCAGUGCUAUGAAAAUCGAUGAAUAAAUGAGAUGAAGAACACCAAUUAUAAAUGCAUUUGUUCUUCGUCAACUGUUUCUUUCUCAAUCUAUUAAUUUAGUAAAAGCAAAGUGUGAUCAAUUAUCACGAAUUUAUUGACACAUUCUUUCCAUUGUUUGCUAUCGAUAACAUUAUAUAAUAAGCUGAUAAUUAUUGUAAAGUCUUGUCAACUCAUUAGAUAAUUAUCAAAAACUUAAGCAUUAAGUUUUUUCAACUAAGUGAUUUACGGUAUUAGCUUUUAUGUAUUAUUUAUUUAUUUUAACACAUAGAUAUUGGUACGAGGAGGCACCAAAUACAUAUGCGCCACACAAAUCUCAUUUGAUAUUUGUGAGGGUUAUGAUACUGCCCGGGUGCCCAAACCGAAGCAGGUGGUUUUCUUAGGGGGCCACACCGGAGCCUUCGACCUGAAGGUCUGAUUCACAAGGCAGUGGAACAACGUAAGGAGAUGCAUUCCCAUGGUAGCCGGUGUCCAACGAUUGGUUCAUACGCCAUUUGUUCCUUCAGGUUAUUGGAGCCCAUGUGCACCAUUGGUUUGGAAUCAGGGUUUUCCAACUCCUCUAGGUGGACUCUCCAUAUCCACCGAUUCGGUUAAAGCGCCGGACAUUC